ACAUCGCCACGGCAUCUCAGCAAUGCGGCGCCGCACCUCAAUCAUGCCUUGUUGUGAUUCUGAUAUCAUCGCCCAUUCCUCCAGCGCUAUUGCCUUGAGCUCUUCUAGGGUUUUCCACUCGUUAAAGCGCUUCCGUAGACGUUGUUUAAAGAUAUCCCAAACGCCCUCAAUUGGGUUAAGAUCUGGUGAUUGUGCUGGGUGUUUAAGAAGCCGUAUACCGUGCCUCUCUUUGAGCGAGCGAGCAACGGUUACCUCUGACCUUGUGCCGUGCGCAUUAUCGUUGUCCUCUUGGAGCAUGCAUUUGCCAUGGUAUUGGGGCUGAUCUGGGUCCUGAUUGUGCUCCUCUAGACGCGCAAUACACCCAGGAAGAAUCUUCUUAGUGUAGUAGGCUUAGGUCAUAGAAUUCCCCUUUGCCUUCGCAUCCACGCCGUGUGGCAGCGCUGCCUCCCAUUCCUUCACUCUUUGUAGGUAUUGCUCCUCAGUCUCUCGUGUAGGACGGUGGCGUGGCUUUUGUGGCCUUUUUUCAACGUUAAGGUGGUCGUUUUCGUCGUUGUAGAAUACUAGACGCCCGAUAUAAUGCCAUAAUACAUCGGUUGCCACAUAUAGGCGCAUAUUAGUAUCUUUGGUGCCAAAAUGCCGUCGAUUCUCCGUAUUAUAUCGCGUUCCCUCCCUCCUGUAGACGUAGCCUACGCUUUGUUAAUACGGAUCAAUGUGCGCUUCAUCCGUGAAGUGUACAAACUGCCAAAAGCUAUCAACUGUAUCAUCU